AUGCCCAAGAAAGCUGACAACAAGAAAGGAGGCGAAAAGAAGCCUGCCGAUAAGAAGGGCGCAGCGGCUUCUAAGAAUAAGAAUCUUGAAGAUGGGUCAGGAAACAAGGACAAACUAAAGGCAGCUACGGCGGUGAAUGUGCGGCACAUCUUGUGCGAAAAACAUUCAAAGGCUACAGAAGCCCUGCAGAAGAUCCAGGAGGGUGUGCGAUUUGAUAAAGUCGCUCAGGAAUACUCGGAAGACAAAGCAAAAGCUGGGGGCAGCUUGGGAUGGAUGGUUAGAGGCUCCAUGGUUGGCGAGUUUCAAGACGCUGCCUUUUCCCUGACACCAUCCACCACUGACAAGCCCAUAACGACCGGGUUAGUCAAAACCAAGUUUGGCUACCAUAUCAUAAUGGUGGAAGGACGGCGGUAAAAGGGUAAGAAUUACUCUCCAUGCCAAAUUGCCGCAUGCUGCAGGCAUUGUUGUUCCCCGGAACCGGCUAUAAAUGAAAUCGAAUUCCGUCGCCUUGUCGCUAUGUCGGUGGGCCAAUAGCAAGUUAUGAAACCCCCUUGCAGUCUGUACGGAUUCUUUAUGCAAUCGAUCUUAUCCAUCUAUCAGACAGGGCACGGACGAGAAAUGGCUACAUAGGUUAUGCCAUCACUGCGUUCCACAGCUCUACAUCCCAACUAGGCCAACCCUGUUGUGAGGGUUUCCUUCAAGCGCAACGCUUAUGGUGGGUUAAAUCGGUG